UCGUGGGCUGCCUCUGGUGAGUCGGUGACUCAGUGUCAACAUGGCGCACCUUUUCCAAGGGAACCGUGUACGCCUCCUCUGCUCCUGUGGCCUCCUCAAACCCAUUACAGCUAUUUAUUUCUGCCGCCACUGUCUCAAAUUAAGAUGUGGCAAUUGUGUGUCUCACGAGGUGGAUACCCUGUUUUGUCCCAACUGUUUAGAAAAUAUGCCAUCAACGGAAGCUCGCCUCAAGAAAAAUAGGUGUGCCAACUGUUUUGACUGUCCCAGUUGUGGCCACACAUUAUCCACCCGAGCCACCAGCAUCCAGACACCUUCUCCAGAAGAUCCCAGCAAAACAGUGGCCAGGAAAGUAUACUACUUGGCUUGCACCAGCUGCAGAUGGACCACCAGGGAUGUUGGUCUCAAAGAUCAGAAUGUUGCCACAGGAGGAUGGGUUGAGCAAGACAAUGAACAUUACAAGCAUCUUCAGUCACUGCUAGAACAUUACCGAUCUGUUGCACAACAAGAGAAGUUGGAACGUGAUAAGAAAAGGUUUUCUCAUCGCAAGUCAUCAUACCUCAGUUUGUCUGAUAAAUACAGUCUUCCUUCCAUUCUAGGAAGGAAGUCCCUGACACCUCUUUCCCCAUUUGCACAUAAGGGAGAUAUAAGUCAGACCUCAGAGAUGACUCCGCUGGAGGCCACGGCUGAAGUAGAAGGUCUGCCUGAAGACAUAUUUACAGAGGAAGUUGUGCUGUCCUCAGUUACUACCAUGGAACAGCGUCUGUCUUCACCUGAAUGGCAGCCAGAAAGGACAGCAGACCUUUACCCACUCCAUAAGCACAUUCUGGUGAAACGUUCUCUCCGAUGCCGUCACUGUGAACACAACCUCUCAAAACCUGAAUACAAUCCUUCUUCCAUCAAGUUUAAGAUCCAGCUUGGUGCAUUCUAUCACGUGCCAGAAGUAAGGAUGGUACGGCAAGUGGAGCUAAAGACUGGAGUGGAAACUGGUGUGCAGCUUUCUUUGUGUAAUCCUACACCUCAUGAUAUGACAGUGGCUCUGCUCCCAUUUGUCCCUGAGGCUUCUGAAGUCAGUAUUCAAAAAGGAGAGGAAUCAGUUGAGGGAAGCAGCCUUAACACCAGCAGCCUGGUUCGUGUAGUGGAAAUACCACCUGAGAAGAUUGAUCUUAAUCUCACAGCUGAUGUGGCACUGCCUCAGGGCCAGUUGAUUCUUGCAGCUCGUGAUGAUACUGCUGAGUAUGAUGACCAAGAUUCUUCACCUAAUUAUAAAGAUGAUCCACAAGUGGUGGCUUGGAGGCGAGCCAAUAAAGUUGGUGUCAAUCUUCUAGUAACUCCAAAACCUAAUGCCACGUAUGUCAGAGUUGGAUUUGUAUUGCGCUAUGAUUAUACAAACACGGUAGCAACAGCUACAGAAUCUAGAACAGUAACUUUGAAUAUCCCUGUCAUGGUGGAUGUUGGUCCUGUUACUCAGUCUUAAAAGACAUCAAUAUAUUAGAAAGUAAUGUGAAUUUUCACCAGACUUCCAUACCUAAUAUCAGCUAACCAGAAUAGUUUUAGUUGGUUAUAAGAAUAAAUUUUUCAAGCCAACAGCUUUUUUUUUUGUGUUUUAAAAUCAUAGAAAUUAUUAAUGUAAUAUUAUACUUUAUGGUGAUUGUUAUAGCAUGCUCUUUCAAAUGGGUUUCCUGCAUGGUAAGAUGUGUAUUUGCUUUGUACCAUAGUAAAUGGGAAUUUGAACUCUUCAAGCAUUGGCUGUGUACUGGUCAACACUUGUAGUUGAUCAUCAUGGCAGCUAUCUCCAGUGUCACAUGUUAUGCAUCCCAUUUACGUUAUUCAAGUAUUUACACACACACACACACACACACACACACACACACACACACACACACACACACACACACACACACACACACACACACACUGUACAUGACACUGCAGCUUGAGAAACUGUUAUUAGGUAAACAUAAACACAUGCAAGUAAGUAUGGAGUUUAUCAGAAUGGUGAUGAACUUAUAUAUGUAGUGGAUGCCUGAUUUCUUAACUGAUGUAUUAGUUGUUGAUUAUAAUGUGAAACUAAUCACAUUCAAAAUUUCUACUUUUCCUUCUGUUUUAUGUUUUCUCAGAUUGUUUGAAUUUUCCCAAACAUGGGAAUUAAAGUCCACUGUAGUAUCAUGAAAAUCAUAUCAGUUGUAAUAUAUAUAUAUAUAUAUAUAUAUAUAUAUAUAUAUAUAUAUAUAUAUAUAUAUAUAUAUAUAUAUAUAUAUAUAUAUAGUGAAAAAAAAUGCACAACCUUAUCUAGCAUCACUAAACUGGAGAUGUAUCUGAUAUGUCAGCAAGUCUGGCAGAUUUAGUAAACAACUUGAACCAUUGGAGAGACUAACAAACAUAUCAUUUUUAGCAUUUACAGUGCUUAACAAAGGAAAACAAAAUUUCACUUAUACUGAACAUGCAAAAUGAAUUGUUUAUUUUUAUGAGCUGAAACGUUUAAAAUGCAGCAAGAAAUUUGGAUGAACAUUCUAAUGCAGGUCCCUUUUUAUUUUUAUACUGUUACUGCAUUUCACUGUAGUAUUUGUCAUCUCCAUCUUUGUAAUCAUUUGAAAUUGGAUAUAGAAAUUGCUAAGACCCUCAGUAUUAAGAUAUAUUCUGGUUUGUAAAUCUCCACUAUCAAACUACCAUAUAUGUAUAUUCCUCAUAGUUAUGUGGGUUGAAUUUUCAAAGAUUUUAAAAAAUUUUAUGCAUAAAAAAUCAUGAAUUCUUCACAUCUCGAGGCUUGUUCCUCAUGACACCGUGAUAUUGUUGGUAUUUUAGAUACACAUGGUAGAUGGUGUCUUGUUGGUUAUGAACAUGGUAGAUAAAUAAUAAUCUCUUGGCUGUGUACUUAGUAUAUUGCCUGCUGCCUAUUGUACACCUGGUGAGGGUGCCACUUGUGUCUUAAUGUGGCAGUGGAACCCACCACUGAUUUUGUGACAACUCUUCAAAUAGUCACUGCGGUUCUGUUCUUCAGUUUAUAAAACAUAGCACCUUUACAAGCUAUCAUAAUUAUGCAUAUGCAAUAGUUGCUCACUUGCUUAUGAUAAUUAACAUGGCAUAUCACAUGAUAAAAUUAGAGCCAUAACAAAGGGACAUCAUGAUGUUUUGAAUUGUAUAAAAUUAUUUGGGUAAAUAAGGAUUAAAAACAGUUUUAUGAAUAAUCAGCAUCUUUCAUUAGUGUUAUGAUUGUGUGUGUGUGUGUGUGUGUGUGUGUGUGUGUGUGUGUGUGUGUGUGUGUGUGUGUGUGUGUGUGUGUUAUAUGGCUGCAAGAGACCAGUAGUUCUCUACCCUUGAUAGGUAGAUGUCUGCAUCACAUCUGCCAAGCUUCCAAAUUGAGUGAACAUCUUUUUAAGGAUCUUUUCAGAGACCUUUCUCUCCUUAGAAUGAUUAAACUAGUGUAUGUGGGCAUUGGACUAGAUGAUUAGGAAGUUAAGAAGAGAUACAUUGGUCAAUAACUAAAGGUUCCUGCUGGGACAUCAACUCACUCAGGUAUCUCUAAGUCUCUUUGAUAAUGAAAAGGCAGUUAUAGUUAAAAUGACUGAAGCCAUCAUCCACUGUGAAUAGUGAUACCAAAGGGAAGUGUGUCAAUCAAGUGAGCAGCUACUGUAAUAUUUUUAUUCUGUCUCCUGGUAAUGCAUCUCACUUAAAGAUAAUACACAUUCUUAAAUGCUAUUAUAUUGUAAAGUUAUUACUAAGUGCAUAAGCAAUGUCCAUAUUUAUUUUAUCCGGAAUAAAUUACUAAAAGCUUA